AUGUUGCAUAGAUGGGCUCAACACCGAUAUCAAGACAAACAGACCUGGCGCAAUCGCUUGGACAGCCUACAUGCAAACUGGGCACCUCUCCUUGCUGAACUUACGGACACCUACCUUCAGUGGAAGGCAUUAUCUUCUAGUCACCAAGAUGUUAUCUCUGUUGAUGUUGAUUAUUCCUUCACCAUUCCGACAAUCGACAUUUUCACACUCAAUCACGAAGCUACUAUUCCUCACAGUGCAGAUAGUAUAUCUGUCGUGGAUUCUCUCUUACGCGCUGGCUACCUGUCCCCCACACCCAUCACACCAACGAUCGUGAUCUCAUUACGCACCCUCGAACACUAUCGCCUCCUUCACAACCGAAAGUUUUCACUCAGUAUUGAAGCAUUUGCUAAGGUACUGUGCGACUCCUACAGUUUGCCCUUCUGCCGAAGGUACCGCAUCCUUCUUUCAGAUGCCUUCGAUGUGUAUCUAUCUCUCCUCAGGAAUGUUGAGAAGUGUGUGUUAGCAGCCCUAGGAUGUGACACACCCAACUGGCAGGUCUUAAAUGCCUGUCCCCCCUGCACUUAUGAAGUAGUUGAUGAACCGCCUCUUCAUUUCGGCCGAUUCUAUGUACUUGAUGGGGGAAAUUCUGCGAAGCGCAUGGCAUCAGUAGGAUCUCGUGACAUUGCUGAUACACGGCAUUUUGUCGAGUCCGACUAUCUCCUUCCACGGGAUUUCAUUGAUACAUUCACACGCGAUGUACAUCGCCAAGAUGCUGUCACAACUGCAGAGGCUGACAUCAAUGACAUGACUGACAACCCACCCGAACCAGAGAAUCCAAUUGCUGCCAACUGCACCAAGAACUGGAAAGCAACAGUGGGUGACGAGAAAAAACAUAUGUGGGGCAUCUUUGAGGAGGCUGGGAUCUUUGUCGCCAUAUGUCGUCAUGGCUUUUUGUUGUGGUAUGCGGACAUGGUAUGA